AUGAAUCGGCUCCAUCUCCCGCUGCGGAACCGAAAGCACUUCCACGAGUAUCGAUGCAUCGUCUGCAAUAGCGUGCUCGAAACUCGCCGCUCCAUGAGCCCAAGAAUUGAAUAUGUCCUAACUGAUAGGUGCUACAACUGCAGUUACGAAAUAUCAUACAGCCUCGCAACGACUGAUGAGACAUCUUCGCAAGAGUUUCUCCAAACAAGACUCCCACUGCUGCAAGCGGCAGAGCAGAUAGCGAACGAAAUAGCUGAGGACUCGGAUCAACUGGGGUACCGUAGACCAUGGGGGCCCACUAAGAUCGAUGUAGUCUUGGAACCAGAUGAUGAAACGACUACGGAGCCCUCGUUGUAUGAUGAAACGCCUGAGGAGCGUGCUGAAAGAUUCCGGAACCCUGGGGCAGUUCGGUACCCCCAGACACAUGACCUUGGCUACUUUGCGGCUGCUCUCUCCUAUUCGCCUGAACCAGAUCAUCCUGAAUCAGAUGAUAUUGACUUAGAACUGUCUCAAUUAGGUGCUUAUGCAUUAGAAGUGUAUGGUUUUGCGCAUGGAUACGAAUGGUCUGAAGGAGAAGCAUCUGAAUUAGAUCCGCCUGAAGGAGAUGCCCACCCAGUUGAUAAUGCGUCUGCACCACACCAGAGCCCCGACCAGCAAGAAGAGGGACUUAAUAUCAUGAGACACCUAUGA